AUGUAAGCCCAGAAAACGUACAGCCCAGUCUAACUCAAGCGCCUUCUCCGCUCUAGGGUUUAUAACAGCCUAUUUUGUCUUCACCAAACGACGCCGUCAAUUCCGUCUAAAGAACUCUAAGACUUCUCGUCAGAAGUGGAUUGAGAAGAAAUAGAGAUAUUGCACAAUGAGUAAGCUUCAGAGCGAGGCCUUGAGAGAAGCUAUCUCCGUAAUUGUUACCGAUUCUAAGGAGAAAAAUCGUAAUUUCACCGAGACAAUUGAGCUUCAAAUUGGGCUGAAAAACUAUGAUCCCCAGAAGGACAAGCGAUUCAGCGGCUCGGUGAAAUUGCCUCACAUUCCUCGCCCCAAGAUGAAGAUUUGCAUGCUUGGUGAUGCUCAGCAUGUUGAGGAGGCAGAGAAAAUAGGAUUGGAGUCCAUGGAUGUGGAGGCUCUCAAGAAGUUGAAUAAAAACAAGAAGUUGGUUAAGAAACUUGCAAAGAAAUAUCAUGCUUUCUUAGCCUCGGAAGCUGUUAUCAAGCAGAUUCCUCGUCUCUUAGGACCUGGUCUUAACAAGGCAGGAAAGUUCCCUACUCUUGUGAGUCACCAGGAAUCUCUUGAAUCCAAGGUCAAUGAGACGAAGGCCACAGUGAAAUUUCAGCUUAAGAAGGUUCUUUGCAUGGGAGUUGCUGUUGGAAAUUUGGGUAUGGAGGAGAAGCAAGUCUUUCAAAAUGUGCAAAUGAGUGUCAACUUUCUAGUUUCACUGCUGAAGAAAAAUUGGCAGAAUGUGAGAUGCUUGUACUUGAAAAGUACUAUGGGGAAGCCACAGCGUAUUUUUUAAGAAGAUAUACAUCUCAGCCACAACUGUUUUGGGAGAAUUGUACGAGUUCAAAUAAUUAAAUGUUUCCAAAGAGGAGUUUUGAAUGUCUAUCAUCUUGUUUCGUCAUGAACGUUGUUUCCCUUAAUGUUGCUGGGUUGAAGCUUACUAUUAUUAAUCAACUGUUGCUGUUUGAAACAAUUUUUUCCUUCAAAACCAUGCUUAGAAAUUUAGUACUUGCAAUUUCUAUUGA